GGAACUAGCCUGCAGCCGAGGAUCAUGUCCACCUGACGGAGCGGGCGCAUGCGCGGAUCCGAGGGCCGGCGUGCUCCAAGCGGUCACAUCGCUGCCUCUGCGGGAAGGCGGAGAGGUUGUGGUCGAGGCCCAGGCUCAGGCCCAGGCUCUUUCCUUCCUGACUCCCCUCCCCGGAACCGCGCUCUGUGACUUCUCUUCCGGGAACACGACAUCUAGUACCGAGUCAGCGAGCGGCGGCUGUGGUCCAGUGAAUCCGUGCCCGGGCACCGAGAACAGGCUCAGGGGUCCCAGCCCCUGCAGUCGUGACAGAUGAGGGUGAAAGAUCCAUCCUCCCAAGGUGAUGGUGUAAUGACGAAGAAGAGCAGAAGACCUAAAAAGCCUCAAGAUGAUGAUUCAUCUGAUGAAGUGUUGGGAUCUGCCUGCCAGCAUACAGGCAGAGCGGUGGAUCUGAUCCAAGUGAAGAAAGCAGUCAUCCACAAUCACUGGUCAGUUUGUGCAGAAUGUGCCAGAACUUUGAAAGCACAUGAUGAAGAGUCAGAUGUUUCACCAAAUAUUUGGAUGUGCCUGAAGUGUGGUUAUCAGGGUUGUGGUCAAAACUCACAAGAGCAACAUUCUUUGAGGCAUUUUCACACUACUCAUUUGGACCCACAUUGUAUUGCAGUCUGUUUGGAGUCGUGGAUCGUUUGGUGCUAUGAAUGUGAUGACGAAUUAAUACCUUGCAAUAAAAAGGUUCUUACUCCUUUGAUGGAUUUUCUACAAAAACAUGCUACAAAAACGCACUCAGGUUUAAAUUCUAAAGUGACGAGAGGUCAAGAUGAAAAUUCUGAAUGUAGUGAAAUCGUGAGGGGGAAGCAUACAAUCAACAAUACGGCUGUUCCUGUCAAAGGACUAAGCAAUUUAGGAAAUACUUGCUUCUUUAAUGCUGUUAUGCAAAACAUGGCUCAGACUCAUCUGCUUAGUGAUCUUAUGCAUGAGAUGAAGGAAAAGGGAACAAAGUUAAAGAUCUGUCCACCUACAGAAUCAAACCUAGAUCCAUUGAUGGUUAUCCUUCCUGGCCCUGGAUCUUUGACCUCAGCUGUACAUUUAUUUCUUCACAGUAUGAAAGAAGCAGGAAAAGGGCCUUUGGUACCAAGAAUUCUUUUCAAUCAGUUAUGUCAGAGAGCACCACGUUUUAGGGGUUUCCAGCAACAGGACAGUCAGGAACUACUUCACUAUUUACUGGAUGCCAUGCAGAUUGAAGAAACUAAGCGCAUACAGAGUGCCAUCUUAAAAGCCUUCAACAGCCCAACAGUUAAAACUGCUGAUGAAGAAACCAAACAAAAAGUAAAAGUAUACGGAAGAGAAGGUGUGAAGAUGAAUUUUAUCAACCAAAUUUUUGUUGGAGAGUUGAUCAGUACUGUUAUGUGUGAAGAAUGCUUGCAUAUUUCAUCUGUUAAAGAGCCAUUUAUCGAUCUUUCUCUUCCCAUUGUUGAAGAAAGGCAGGGCUAUGUCAACAAACAAAGGAUAAAGGGAAUAAAGAAAUCAACAGAUAAUGAAGAGAGGAGUUGGCAAGCUUCGGCAGAACUAAGUAAUGGACACAAUGAGGAGGAGAGUAACCAGACACUUCAUUGCUCUAAUCUAGUAGACGGCAACAAGUUAAGUCAGUCAGAAGGUAGUGAUAAAGAUGGGAAUCAGUCAGAUAGAAACAAUCUGUCAGAUAGAAGCAACGAUGCAGACACUGAAGCAUCAGAGCCUGAGAACCCUUCAAAAUCGAUGGAAUCCCUGAGUUGUGGCACUGAUUCUAACUUUGGUAAUUCAGUGCAAUUCAAACACUCAGACUUUAACUAUAGUGAUUCCAUUUCUAAUGGGAUAUCAAAACUCAACCUUGGCUGUACCAAAAAAGAAAAAAUAAUUAUUGAUUCAGUUUUUGAGGAACAGAAUGACAAUGUUUCAUUCAGCAUUCAAGACACAAAAGAAAAAUCUAUUGUUUCAAGAAACACCGUUACAGCUUUUCAAACACUGACCCGGAGCUACAGAGCCAGACCUAAGGAAUGUUCACUCCAGUCUUGUCUUGCCCAGUUCACAUCCAUAGAUCUUCUAAUGGGUAACAACAAACUGUUGUGUGAAAAAUGUACAGAGAAAAAACAAAAACAGCACAAGAAGACUCAGUCAGCAGAAAAGAAAUCAGAACAUGUAUAUACAAAUGCUCGGAAGCAAAUGUUGAUCUCGGCUGUCCCACCUAUAUUAAAUCUUCACCUUAAAAGGUUUCACCAGGCAGGUUUGAGUUUGCGGAAAGUUAAUAAACACGUGGAUUUCCCUUUAGUACUGGAUUUGGCACCGUUCUGUUCAACCAACUGCAAGAAUGUUGGAGAUGAAAGCCGAGUGGUCUAUGGACUUUAUGGAAUAGUCGAACACUGUGGUUCCAUGCGUGGAGGCCACUAUGCAGCUUAUGUGCAAGUCAGAACACCGAACAAAAAAAUACCUGAACAUACUUCCGCAAACAAGAAUAUUCCAGGAUUCAGAGAUGUUGGAGCGCCACCAGGCCAAUGGGUUUAUGUCAGCGACACUCUUGUACAGACAGUCCCUGAAGCAAGAGUACUUAAUGCUCAGGCUUACUUAUUGUUCUAUGAACAACUUUCAUAAAAACAUGAGCAGGCUACUUUUUCUAAUUUAUACCUACUCGUGUUGGGUUUUGCAAACUUUUCAUGCUAUCUUUAAUUUAACAGGGAAAGUUAGAAGGACAUCAUGAUUAAAAAAAUUGUUGCCACUAGAGGGAAUUAAAUGCACUUUGAGUAUAAAGGUAGUUGAAAGCAGUGAGGUUUACUUACAAAAUUAUGCCUUUAAAUUUUCCCACCACUACCCUUCCCUACCCAGAGUUUAUUUAAACUGACAGAAAUGCACAUAUUUUCAUUAUGGUCAUUAUCAUUCAAUGUUUAUUUUUCAACUUUGGAAGAAUCCUACUUUGGUUGUAUUUAUGAAGGUGAUGACUAUUUACAUGCAAAAAGAGAAAGAUUAGUCGCUGAUAUCAGAGACAGUUAUAACUUCAUAUUUUAUGAAUGCUUUAUUAUAAAGGGCAGAAAUAAGAUCCAAGAAUAUUGAAUGUUAAUAUCUGAUAUAUAUAUAUAUAUAUUUUUUAAAACAAUAAAAUUUAGUUCUUUGGAAGCCUAUCUCACUUCAUGCAUCGUUACCUUUGCAUCAAAUUAUAAAAUAUUAUGUCACAAAUUCUGGAUUUUAAUAGAUGAAAUGCUAUUUAUGUGAUAAUCCACUCACAAUAUAUCAGAAGGGUGCACUCAGUCUCUUUCUGAAUUUUGACACGGUUUCACAAUAUCAAUUGAGUUAUGCAUUUUUUGUUGUUAGUCUUUUUUGAUGCCCAAUAUGAUAAACAUGUUGCUUGCUCAAGGAUAUCUCAAUAAAUAAUUGCCUACCAUG